GCCCGUCCGGCGAGCAAUGUGAUUUUUGACAGGUGGAUGAUGCUAGCUUUUAUCGAAGUUAUUUACAAUACUGUUGUUUGCAAUGAAUGAAACACAUUAUAGCGGAUCAUCAACCACGUGCAAACCAACACAAUGACUUGGUGUAUCUUGAAGGCACUAAGAGUUUGUCGCAAGAGGCUCAGGUGGCAACAAAUGAGACACGUUUUCAAUGAAACGGGACAACUGGAAAAACAAUUUAACAGGGAUGUUUCGAGAAGACUGGAAGAGUAUUGGAAACCGCGAUUAAAAGAGCAUCAUGCCAGUAGAUGUCUUGAUUCAGAGACAGACAAGGAAAAGCACUAUGUCCUGUCCAUGUUCCCAUACCCAAGUGGUCAGCUUCACAUGGGCCACGUCCGAGUUUACACCAUUAGUGACGUCAUGGCACGCUUCCAUAGGCUCCGUGGAAAACAGGUGAUUCAUCCUAUGGGAUGGGAUGCAUUUGGACUUCCUGCUGAAAAUGCUGCUAUUGAACGAGGUUUAGAUCCACAGCUCUGGACAAGAAUGAACAUUGCCAGUAUGAAGAAACAACUGGACGAUCUGUUCUGUAGCUUUGACUGGGAGUCGGAACUGGCUACUUGUCACCCUAGUUACUACAAAUGGACUCAGUUUAUUUUCCUCAAAAUGUAUGAAGCUGGACUCGUCUAUCAAAAGGAGGGGGAGGUAAAUUGGGAUCCCGUUGACAAGACCGUAUUGGCAGACGAACAAAUCGACGAAGCAGGUCGUUCAUGGAGGUCAGGAGCUGUGGCAGAGAAACGAUUUCUUAGACAGUGGUACAUUCAGACAACUGCUUAUACAAAGGACCUUAUUGAGGGUCUGGAUGAGGUGGACACAUCCCUAUGGAGGGAUAUUGUUCGCAUACAGAAGAACUGGCUUGGGAAAUGUGACGGCUGCCGAUUCAACUUUGAACUCAAAAAUGGUGACGAGAGGCUUGAUGAACCAAUAAUUGUGUUCACACAUAGUCCUGAACUUGUGUAUGGAAUUUCCCACAUAGCAUUGUCUCCGUCCCACAGACUGAAUACACAGGAGAAUUACAAGAAUCCAGGGGAUGGUGGAAUGAAAAAUUUUAUCCUUAACUUACAUGCUAUCCAUCCAUUUACUGGAAAAUCCCUUCCAAUUGUGGUGUCUCACACUACCAAAUUUAAUGACGGGAGUGAUGCACAUUUAGCAAUCCCAGAUAUCUCCGAGCCUGACCGCCUUAUUGCUGUAGAACUGGACAUACUUGUAGCCAAUGUACUGGUCAGUGAAGGUCAGCAGGAGACACUGGUCAACUCAGCUCAGUUUUCAGGAUUGGACAGAGUGGAGGCUUUGAAAGAAAUCACAGCAUAUGCCAGGGAAAGACGUUUUGGAGGUCACAUGUGCAGUUUAAAGCUGAAUGAUUGGUUAAUAUCAAGACAGCGGUACUGGGGGACACCUAUUCCUCUGAUAAAAUGUCCCAAGUGUAAGAACGUGCCUGUUCCGGUAGAAGACUUACCGGUAGAGUUACCUGCCCUUCUUGGUACCACAGAAAAGGGGACAUCACCCUUGGCCCAGGUGGCAGACUGGUAUAAUGUGGAUUGUCCAAAGUGUGGAGGACCUGCCACUCGGGAGACAGAUACCAUGGAUACGUUCGUAGAUUCCUCUUGGUAUUUCUUCCGAUAUCUUGACCCUCAAAAUGACACUGCACCAUUCCGUAAGGACAGGGCUGACCGCUUCAUGCCAGUCAACCUCUACAUCGGUGGCAAGGAGCAUGCUGUUUUGCAUCUAUUUUUUGCCCGAUUCUUCAGCCAUUUUCUGUACAAUUCUGGAUAUGUAUCAACACGAGAACCGUUUAUCAACCUGCUGACCCAGGGAAUGGUCCUAGGACAGAGUUAUAGUGUGGACGGCCGAUAUAUCUCAAAGACUGAUGUAGACUUCUCGGGGUCAGCUCCAGUUGAGAAGAGUACUGGAAAAAAGGUGCUUGCACAGUGGGAAAAGAUGAGUAAAUCCAAAUACAAUGGAGUGGAUCCUCAGGAGAUUAUUGAGGAAUACGGAGUGGACGCAACCCGUUUGUGUAUAUUGUCUAAUGUGGCUCCUAAGUCUGAUCGCAAGUGGACAUACGAAGUGUUUUCGGGUGUGUUAUCCUGGCAGAGGCGUGUGUGGGACACAUUAAAUAGUUUUAUACAGGGGAGGUCCGAGAACAUUUCACUUCAGUGUGACAAAGAAAAGUUCCGGGAGUAUGAGGAGGAUAUUUAUAAAUUCCAUAACGAAUGCCUUGUCAAGGUAACUGAACAACUGAACCAGAAGUUUCUGAUAAAUUCAGCCAUAUCAAGGCUGCAUGGGCACUUGAAGAAUCUUAAGAAAAUACCAGUAGACGUCAUUGCCCACAGUCACCAAGCAGAAUUAGCUCUGGCAGACCUCAUCAUCAUGUUGUCGCCCAUGGCGCCAGCUUUUGCUUCAGAGCUUUGGACUGCCAUGAAAUCCCAGGCAUCUAGAACAACUCACCAUGAAUGGGAUCUCAGCGUUCUUGACCAGUCCUGGCCUCUUCCUGAUUUAGAUUUUCCACUGUCCCUGGAGUGCUGCAUAAAUGAGGAUACAAAGUUCCAACUGAAAAUACCAAGAAAAGAAUUAGAACAACUCUCUGAAGAUCAAGCUAUCAACUUAAUAACCAGUAGCAAGAAGUUCAUCCCGUUUAAAGAAAGGAAACCUGAGCCAACUGGUUUCAUACUUGACCGUGGCUGUAAUGCAGUAGUGACCUUUUCUUCUAGCACUAUACAAAGGAACAAGAGUAAAGUUUUUAAAAAGCCAAAAAGUCCAAGCAAAACAGGAGAAAGUAUUGAACAUUGAGCAGUGAAUGACUUUAAAUGUGUGUUAAUUUAUACAAAAUGGCUGGAAAAUAGACACUGCCAUGUUGUCUGUAGUGACUGGACCAUAUUGUCUGCCAUAUACACACCUGACUAGUUUUGUGACUAAUGAAUAACGCAUCAGAGGUGAUCUGUGUGGUCUUCUGCUGUAUGGUGUCAUAGGGUGAUGCUAGUAAUAUAGGCUGGUGUAUGUGGCACAGAAUGUAGCUCAAGGUGGUAUAAGUGGCACAAAGUGGCUGAGAAGUGCAAUGUGGCACAGGGUGGCAUAAGUUGUGCACAAGGUGGCAUGGUGACACAUGUUGCAUUAUGUGGUAUUGUUAAUACUGAUGACUACAGGUAAAAAAAAAAACAGAUUCAGUAUUAAGUGUAAGUGUAUUUAAGCAAAAUGUAGAGGAUAAUGCCAAAUGGAAUAGAUAAGUUGAGAUAUAUAUUGGGUUGGUUUCGUCUUGUGGUGACUGUGUAUGACUCGAAAGACUCUAUCUUUGGGUGUAAUUGUUGUUGCACAUGUCACGUUUUCCAUUCAGCUGUCAUGGACAGACGAGACAUGACUAGAGAUGACUUAUGUGUGUAGUGUGUCUGACACACAGAGGUGUAGUGAAACAGAGGAGUGAUUUGUUGGUGUAUGAUGGAUUCCUUUAAUUUUGUAGGCAUCUUUUAUAUACAAGACCUUAAAUAAGUGGCUUUUGUCAUGGAUUAAACUAUAAGUUUGAUGAUUUGAUAUGCCACAAGCUUGUUUAUCACACUACAUAACUAAAGUAAAAAUUUCUACAUCAGACAGAAGAACAUUGACUAAGUCUGGGUUAUUCUCUCUGUCCGCUUGUUUUUUCUGCAGAGACACAUUUGUCUUACAAUAUUUAUGACAAAGCUGUAUUACAUGAUAUAACAGGUCAGUUAUGUUAUAAAGUAUGGGUCUCAUAGCCCGCUCACUUAUAUUAUUUUCUUGGUGUGCUGGUGCCAAGUUGUGAAGUAUUUGUAAGGAAUUGAACUAUAUCUAUAAGCUGGAGUGAGGUAGCUCCUUCUCUAUCUGAUCACUUGAUCCAAAUACUAACAACAAUACAUAUAUUUAACAUCUAUAUGUAUUUGCUUGGUUAGAAUUUCAUGGAUAAAGCAUGUGAAUUACAUCACAAGUGUUAUUAGAAAUAAAUAUAUUAAUAUAAAAUUUAGAAUUGGUAACCAA